CAAUUUUUUCCUGUCCCUCGGGCUCUGAAGGGUCUGCCUAGUUCCUGGAGGAUAUGCCUUGUCCUCUCGCUUCAGAUAUGGAUCGAUCAUCGUGUACUGUUCGAGGAAGUGCCCCAUGUCGGGGAUCAGGUCUCGAAUUACGAGACAAGGGGUCAGAUAAAGACGAUGAUAAGGAGGGAAUUAUCCCCCGCGGAGUGACGCGAAAAUGGAAGUGGUGAUCAGUUACUACUGGGAGUGAGCGGUGAGAGGAGGUGAUCAACCUGUUGAUUGAAAACGUGUCUCGAGGGUCUGUUUUGAAGUUCGGUGACGCUAGAGAGCUAAUUCAAGGUCAAUCACCACGUGGAGUGGAAGCUGAAGCUGCAGAAUCGAGAUGUCCAGUCAAAAGGUUCUCGUGAUAGGAGGUGGUGGUCGUGAGCACGCCAUCACUUGGAAGCUCUCAGAAUCCUCAAAGGUCUCCGAGAUCUUCGUUUCCCCCGGGAACUGCGGUAUCGCAUCGCUCCCAAAAGUGUCCCUAGUCCCCCUGACCAUAAAGGACAACAAGGAAGUAGCCACCUGGUGUGUGAAGAAUGCAAUUGACCUGGUGGUGGUUGGGCCCGAGGACUAUCUAGCGAAUGGUCUAGCUGACGAGCUUAAGACCCACAAGAUUCCCUGCUUCGGGCCCCAGAAGUCAGGAGCUAGACUUGAAUCCGAUAAGGACUGGUCCAAGGUCUUCAUGGAUCGCCACAGCAUCCCCACCGCCAGGUGGAAGUCCUUCCAGUCCUCCCAGGAGGCCAAGAGGUUCAUCCAGGAAGCCGAUUUUCCAGCCCUGGUGGUGAAAGCCAGUGGAUUGGCCGCUGGAAAGGGAGUUGUUGUUGCUAAAGAUAAGAAGGAAGCUUGUGAGGCUGUUGAAGACAUCCUCGAGGAGAAGAGGUUCGGCACAGCUGGAGAGACUGUCGUCGUGGAGGAGCUCCUCGAGGGAGAGGAGGUGUCUGUCCUCGUGUUUACGGAUGGGACGAGUUUCAAAAUUAUGCCAGCGACUCAAGACCACAAGAGGAUUUUUGAUAACGAUGAGGGGCCCAACACGGGGGGAAUGGGGGCCUAUGGGCCCUGUUUGUUGAUUGGGGAUGAGGAGAUGAAGGAGGUCGAGGAGAGGAUUGUUAAGAGGACUGUGGAGGGACUCAGGAAGGAUGGGGUUGAUUAUGUUGGAGUGCUUUAUGCAGGAUUGAUGCUUACUCGACAAGGUCCCAAAGUACUUGAGUUCAACUGUCGAUUUGGGGACCCAGAGACCCAAAUCCUCAUGACUCUCUUGGACACCGACCUCUUCGAGAUCAUGAAAUCCUGCUGCGAGGGCAGCCUAUCAUCCUUGGCCAUUGAUUGGCACAAGGGGAGGUUCUCAGCAGGUGUUAUCCUGGCAUCAAAGGGUUACCCAGCGUCGUCCUCGAAGGGUCAAGUAAUUUCCAACGUCGAAAAGGUCCUGCGCGAGCCCUCGACUCACAUCUUCCACUCUGGAACCUCGCAGUCAUCGACUGGCGAGCUUCUGACGAACGGGGGGAGAGUCCUGAUGACAGUAUCGCUGGCUCCUACCUUGGAACAUGCAGCGGCGAGGGCGACUAUGGCUGCCAGGACGAUAUCCUUCGAGGGAAAACAAUUCAGGACUGAUAUCGCUCACAAGGGCAUCGCCCGGACCAUCCUCAAGGCUGGAAAAAUGUCGUACAAGGCUGCUGGGGUCGACAUUAAAGCUGGUGAUGACCUGGUCACCAGGAUCAAGCCCUUGGUGACCUCUAGCAAUCGGUCAGGAGUUCUUGGAAGUAUCGGAGGGUUCGGGGGACUUUUUGAUACAAAAGCUGCUGGGUUUCAGGAUCCCAUCCUCGUUUCUGGGACUGAUGGGGUCGGGACAAAACUGAAGAUUGCUAUGGAGAUCAACAAACAUGACACAGUGGGAAUCGACCUGGUGGCGAUGUGCGUCAACGACGUCCUGGCCCACGGUGCGGAGCCCCUCUUCUUCCUCGACUACUUCGCCUGCGGGCACCUGGACGUCUCUCAGGCGACGAGUGUUAUCACUGGAAUUGCUCGUGGCUGCCAGGAGGCGGGAUGUGCCCUGGUGGGUGGUGAGACCGCAGAAAUGCCGGACUUUUACCCUCCAGGUGAGUACGAUCUCGCCGGAUUCGCAGUGGGUGCAGUAGAACGAUCCCAACUCCUUCCAAGGACCUCUGAAAUUCACGCUGGAGAUGUUGUCAUCGGUCUGCCGUCCUCCGGAGUCCACUCCAAUGGAUUCUCCCUCGUGAGGAAGGUCCUGAGGCUCGCGGGGAAGGGUUUUCGGGAUCUGGCGCCUUUUGGUGACUCGGGGAGGACAAUUGGGGAGGAACUUCUGGUGCCAACGAGGAUUUACACUAAGUCUGUUGUCUCGGCAUUGAAAACAGGGGCUGUCAAGGCUUUUGCACAUAUUACUGGGGGUGGACUCACUGAGAACAUCCCCAGGAUUCUUCCUGCUGAGAUGGGGGUGGUGAUAGACGCAGAGAAGUGGAGGAUUCUUCCAGUUUUUGGGUGGCUAGCGGCCACUGGGGGCAUUCCUGAGGAGGAAAUGCUGAGGACAUUCAAUUGUGGUCUGGGAGGAGUUGUCAUUUGUGCGGUUCAGGAUCGGGAAAUAGUCCUGGAAGCGCUCCAGGGAGAGGGGGCGGUGGUGGUGGGAUCUGUCAGGAUGGUGGAGGGUGGGGAGAGGGUUGUUGUCGAGAACUUUGGGAGGUGCUUGGCUGGAGUGAUGAGGGAACACGUGCCUGACGUUGUCAGCAGGCUCCAGGUACCUCAUAAGAAGGUCGGGGUGUUGAUUUCUGGAAGUGGGACUAAUUUACAAGCUCUUAUUGAUGCUACUGAGGAUCCUCUGCAGCAGAUCGGGGCCAAGAUUGUCGUGGUUAUAUCGAAUAAGGAGGGCGUGGAGGGCCUCAGGAGGGCGGAACGCGCUGGAAUACCCACGAAGGUGAUCAAACACACGGACUAUCCCUCCAGGGAGGCCUUUGACACAGAAAUGGACUCAGUCCUUCGAGGAUAUGGAGUGGAGAUAGUCUGUCUCGCUGGAUUCAUGAGGAUAUUGUCGGAGAAAUUCGUUAAAAGUUGGAAGGGAGCACUCCUCAACGUUCAUCCAGCACUUCUCCCCUCUUUCAAGGGUGCCCACGCACACAAGGACGCCCUGGCAAUGGGGGUGAGGGUUUCUGGGUGCACAGUCCACUUCGUCGAGGUGGAGAUCGAUUCUGGGGCGAUCAUUGAGCAAGAAGCUGUGCCAGUGCUUCCUGGAGAUACUGUGGAGACCCUCCAGGAGAGGGUCAAAGGCGCUGAACACAAGUGCUUCCCCAGAGCUCUCAAAUAUCUAGCCACUGGGAGAAUUCAUCUCAAAGAAGAUGGAAAUCUCCACUGGAACUAUUGAAAAAUUGUUCAAGUUAUUUUUUUAAUGACAUUAAAGCUUUUUUGGAUUCUAAUACUUUUUAGAAUAAAUUUUCAUACAUUUAUGGACGAUCAAAA